CACAGCUGAAACUACAAAACCCCACACACACACUCAUAGGUUUUUCCGCCCACCAAAUACAAAAUCCGCCUCUCUUCUGCAGAUUUCUCACCCCCUUUUUAACUCCUCCGAUUGUUAAUCGAACCUUCCACAUUAAUUUCAUGUAAUGCGGACCAAUUGAUUUGCUUUCUGGAACCUAAAGUUUUGUAGUCAACCGUUAAUUACAGUUUGAAAGAUGGGUCCUUAUUUGGUUGGUGUCAUCAUUCCAAUUGUCUUCACGCUUCUAGUUCGUAACACGAAAAAGGCGAAAAAAAGAGGUGUGCUGGCUGAUGUUGGAGGAGAACCUGGUUAUGCGAUAAGAAACUACAGGUUCACUUCACCUGUGGAAUCAGCCUGGGUAGGGGUCACAACUCUUGCUGAGCUUUUUGAGCAGUCAUGCAAAAUACAUUCCAACAUGAAUUUAUUGGGGACUCGAAAGUUAAUUGCCAGAGAAAUGGAAGUAUCUGAUGGACGGUCCUUUGAGAAGCUUCAUUUGGGCGAUUAUGAGUGGUUGAGUUACGGACAAGUGUUUGAAGCGGUGUGCAACUUUUCCUCAGGUUUAGUGCAACUUGGACAUCAAAAGGGAGAACGUGCAGCAAUCUUUGCUGAUACCCGUGAAGAAUGGUUCAUUGCUUUGCAGGGUUGCUUCAGGCGCAAUGUGACUGUCGUGACCAUUUAUGCAUCCCUAGGUGAAGAGGCCCUGUGUCACUCAUUUAACGAGACAGAGGUCACAACUGUGAUUUGUGGAUAUAAGGAACUGAAGAAACUAGCAAACAUAAGUGGGCAGCUUGACAGUGUCAAGCGUAUAAUAUGCAUGGAUGAUGAAUUCCAGUCAGAUGAUUCACUGGUUUCUGGAAGCACCAACUGGACUAUCACUUCCUUCUCGGACUUAGACAAACUGGGCCGAGAAAACCCUGUUGACCCAGAUUUACCACUUUCGACUGAUGUUGCUGUGAUAAUGUAUACCAGUGGUAGUACUGGAAUGCCCAAGGGUGUGAUGAUGACACAUGGCAAUGUUUUGGCUACAGCAUCUGCUGUGUUGACAAUUGUUCCUGGACUAGGAAACCGCGAUGUUUAUUUAGCAUACUUGCCACUGGCUCACAUUCUUGAACUAGCAGCUGAGAAUGUCAUGGCAGCUACCGGAAUUUCUAUUGGAUAUGGAUCUGCGUUGACUCUUACAGAUACUUCAAAUAAGAUAAAGAGGGGAACAAAAGGGGACGCUACAGUAUUACAGCCGACAUUGAUGGCAGCUGUCCCUGCUAUUCUUGAUCGUGUUCGGGAUGGUGUGCGCAAAAAGAUAGAUGGUACUGGGGGGCUCCCAAAGAAACUAUUUGAUUUGGCAUAUGCUCGUCGAAUGUCUGCAAUAAAUGGCAGUUGGUUCGGGGCAUGGGGAAUAGAGAGAAUUUUAUGGAACCUUCUGGUAUUUAGAAAAGUCCGAGCAAUUUUGGGUGGUCGUAUUCGCUUCAUACUAUCAGGAGGCGCUCCUCUUUCUAGUGACACUCAAAGAUUUAUUAAUAUAUGUCUUGGUGCUCCCAUUGGGCAAGGGUAUGGUCUUACCGAGACGUGUGCUGGUGGGACUUUUAGUGAAUAUGAUGAUACAUCUGUUGGUCGUGUUGGUGCCCCACUGCCUUGCUCAGUCAUCAAGUUGAUUGACUGGCCUGAAGGCGGAUAUUUAAUUAGCGAUUCUCCAAAGCCACGUGGAGAAAUCCUUAUUGGUGGACCGAACGUCACCCUUGGAUAUUUCAAAAACGAGGAGAAAACAACGGAAGUUUACAAGGUCGACGAGAAAGGAAUGAGAUGGUUCUACUCUGGCGACAUAGGGCAAUUCCACGAUGACGGUUGCCUUGAAAUAAUCGACCGUAAAAAGGACAUAGUUAAACUCCAGCAUGGAGAAUACGUGUCACUCGGAAAGGUGGAGGCUGCUCUAAGCGUUAGCCCGUAUAUAGACAAUAUAAUGAUGUAUGCCGAUUCUUUCCAUAGUUACUGUGUGGCAUUAGUGGUGGCUUCACAGUCCUCUUUGGAAGCCUGGGCUUCAAAGCAAGGAAUCACAUAUUCCGAUUUCUCGGAAUUGUGCGAAAAGGAAGAGACUCUUAAGGAAGUCUCCACUUCAUUGAUCAAGGCAGGAAAGGCUGCAAGAUUGGAGAAGUUUGAGAUACCGACGAAAAUCAAAGUGAUUUCGGAAGCAUGGACACCCGAAUCAGGGCUUGUAACUGCAGCUCUGAAACUGAAGAGAGAGGUCAUUAGGAAAACCUUCUCAGAUGAUCUUGUGAAGCUCUAUUCUUCUUGAUAAUAUUUACCCCCCACCAUCUUUUUUUGCUGAAGUGUGCAGAUAUUGUACUGUAAUCUCGGGAACAACUUUUUUUUUUGCUGCAUUUUCUCGCCAUUUUCUCGUCAUUUUCUCCUUUACUUAUACCAACUACACUGUUAUUGCUUUUUUGUUCUUUCAUUUGAGGAAUUUAAUACUUGAGGUUGAGGGAAGAG